GAAGAAAGCAGAACGAGGAUAAAGCACCAAUCUCUCUCUCUCUCUCUGAGUUGUUCCGUCUUUGUUACCUGCUUUAAUGUGAUCAGCAGUUGGUCUUUCGCCGAAAAGGAAGGAUUUUUCAUCUUCUUUCUGGCUUUCCAUCAAGCGUUGCUUUAGGCGCCUCGGGAUUCGAUACCGCGUCGCUAUCUUCUUUGAAGAUCUUGGCAUCGUAGAGAAAUUGGUGUGAAGAAUCUGCGGCGUAAUUCAAGCUCACGCACAUUUGACGCCCAAAGAGUAAUGCGCUAUAGAGGGCAGAGAAGAUGGCCACAUUGGUCCCUGGUGUUCUCAUCAAACUACUCCACACAUUGAAAAUUGCUGGCGAACUCCGCUCUUCUCUCCUCCAGGUUGUCAGCAUAGUUCCAGCACUCGCCGGUGGCGAGCUUUUCGCAAAUCAGGGAUUUUAUCUCAAGGUCUCUGAUUCCUCCCAUGCCACUUAUGUCUCCAUUCCUGAUGAGCACGAUGACCUCAUCUUGAGCGAUAAAAUCCAACUCGGCCAAUUCAUAUAUGUCGAUCGGCUCGAGGCGGCUAUGCCUGUGCCCGUCCUUCUAGGUGUGAGGCCGGUUCCUGGUCGUCAUCCUUGUGUGGGAAGCCCCGAGGAUCUCGUUGCCACCCGCCCCCUCACUUUUCUCAAUAGUUCCAAGGAUGUUGUUGCUCCGUCGCUGGUGAAAGACAUAAAGAAUUCAUCAAAGGUAGAGAGAACUUUCAAAGUUGAAGAUAUGGAAAAGAAAAAAGCGUCUCUUAGCCAAUCUACUUCGUCGUUAUCGAAGCUAUCUCCAAGCAACAAUGCAGAGAAGAAGUUUAAAAUCUAUGAGAGGUCAAACUUGACGAGUUCAAGGUCGGUUCCUUCGUCUCCUACGAGUUGCCACUCGGUACCGACCUCGUUUGACAAGCUAUCUAAUAGGGCUAAACAACAUUCGAGGGUUAAAGUUCCAGAAAAGCCAUUGAGUACGAGAUUGAACUUGUUGGAAAGAGCAACUUCUGUUUUGCGGGCAACCACCGCAGGCAGGAAAUCAUAUGGUGGAAGCUCGGAAGUAAGUCUGGUUCCAGGGAUCGAGCCGGGGCCGAAGUCUUUGAGAAAGAGUUGGGAGGGUAAGAUUGUGAUGAAGGGGAGGGAUAGCUCGAAUUCCAAGCCAUCAAAGACAGAAAAAAAAUCUGAAGCAUCAAGCUCUGUGUUUUCUCGAAGGCUAUUGAUGCCGGUAGAGAGGCAAGCACCGAAAGAAGAUAGCAGGGCUCAAACUCCUCUGAAGAAAGGGAACGUAAAUAUAGCUACGGAAGACACGGAAAAAUCAGCGAAGGCGCGAGUUAUCGCUGUGAAGAAGACAUUGGACGUCACAAAUCCAAAUAAUAUUUCACCUGGUGGCCUUGUUAAGGUUCCCUCCAGUAGCAAGAGAUGGACAGAUGGAAGCAUUUAUUGGGCAUCUCUUCCACAGCCUCUAGUGAAACUUGGAAAGGAUGUUGUGAGAUACAGGGAUGCCGCUCAACUAGCUGCUAUUGAGGCAUUGCAGGAGGCUUCUGCAGCAGAGAGCUUAGUUCGAUGCUUGAGCAUUUACGGAGAGUUAUCUUACACGUCGAAGGAAGAUCACCCGCAGCCGGUCGUCGAGCAGUUCCUCGCCCUCCAUUCCAAUCUUGCCCGAGCAGCCCUCAUCUCUGAAUCGCUCAAAGCCGCCGCAACCUGCUCCUGCACCUCGCCGGACCAAUCUACCUCCGGCAGCGCCGCUGCCAUUCCCGAAGAGACCGCCCGCCUUCCCUCCGAUAGCCACCGUCGCGCGACGGCUUGGGUGAAUGCUGCCCUCGGCACAGACCUCUCACCCCUCUCCCUAUAUACCCACAAGUCGCACUCGUCUUCUACCGCCACGCCGCCACGAGCAGUCGUCGUACUCGACAAUUCCGCGAAUGCUACAGCGCCAUCGUCAAAGGGGAAGCAGCGAGCGUCUGGGAUGGCGACGAAGGUGGCUAAGCAGCGAUCGACGAAUGCGAUUGUGUCACCACUGGUGAGGCGUUGGGAGAAGGGGGAAGGAUUGGAGGAUGGAGCGGAACUAGCGAAGGCGUUGGAGGAAGAAGCGAAGAACUGGUUUGUAGGGUUUGUGGAGAGGUUUCUGGAUGCGGAAGCCAGUGGGACGGCAGCAAGGCUGCCAUGGGACCGGGACCUCGUGGCUGGAAUGCUUGCCCAUCUGAAGAAGGUGAACGAUUGGCUCGACAGCGCCGGGAAGAGAGAUUGCAUCGGAGAGGAUGAUGGAGUCGUAGUCAAGGCUGGGGGUCUGCCGCCGGAAACAGUGGAGAGGCUAAGAAAGAAGAUAUAUGAGUAUCUGCUGACUCAUGUGGAGUCCGCUGCAGUUGCCCUCGGAAGCGGAGGCGGAGGUCCGCCAUUGGCGAUCACGGCGGAGCGGAAGGGAAGAAAGAGUUGAUUGUCGGAGUGGAGAGUGAAUUGUUUGGUGACAUCGGGGUUAGAAAAUUGGCCCUAUGUAUUAACUAAGGUGUUUGCUUUACUAAUUAUGCUUUGUGACUUGGUAAAAAAUAGGGGUCGAAGGUAUGCUGUUGGAAAAGAAUUUGAAGUCAGUUUCUCUCUUUAAAUAUAUGGAGA